GUCACCUGAGCUCUGGUCACCUGGUAGUAUGCUACUGAAUAUAAGCUAGGCCUCUGGAGACGAAUCCCGGUAAACUUGAUAGGCGGGGUCGAAGAUACCCGUCUAUAAACUGAGUACUCAAACCUACACAUAAUGUACUUUAAGGAUUAUAUUGCACCGUGCCUAUUAACCGUGGCCAAUCAAAAGAAAAGAACACUUUAUGGUCCAAUAAACAGAGUGUAAAGUUACAAAUCCACCUCCCAUGGAGUUUUGAAAGCAAGUCGUCACAGAAAGCAAGUCGGUAUAGACGCCAAGCACCGAAACAACCAAGAAAAAGCACUAUCAAAAGUCAACCAUGAAGUGUGGAUUUCUGCUUAUUUUUCUUGUUGGUUCAUGCCAUGGAUUAUCAAGGAAACACUGGCUUAAAAACUUGAAUUUUGACAACACUGAAAACUGGGAUAAAAAUCGAGUUCCAUGUGCAAAUGAUAGGAUUAUCAUCCCAAACCAAUCGGAGUCUGUUUACGUGCAAACCAACACCACUCUCCGUGAGAUGGUUUUGCCAGUGGAUGGGGAGGUUGUUCUUGGUCAAAAUAUUGUCAUCAAUUUUGCAAGUGAUGCAGCUGUAGAUUUGGAAUGCAAUGGAGAAGACUUAACCUACAGUCGCAACAAAAUCAAGAACUGGUUUGACCCAGCUAACUGGAAAGAUGAGGAUGUGAACGUGAAUGUUGAAACAGAGCGUGUUCCUUGUACCAUAGACCAGGUGGUAUUCCCGUCUAAAAGCUUAUUUCACGUUCAACUCGACCAAAGUUUGUCCAUUGCAACUAUGAAGAUUGGCACAGAGGCAUACACAACAAAAAGUCUGGCAAGUUUCUUUGACAGUCCAUCAGGCCUAAAGCAGUUUGAACGCAUUAAUGCAGCGUCAAUAGAAUUGACACAGAAGACACAGUGUGAUGAUAUUACUGGAUGCGUUUGUGGCAAUGACAAGAGUGUGAUCAAAGAUAAAAUUUGUGGCCUUUACGAGUGUCCUAAUAUCGCAUGUCAGUCGCCGCUGCGGGCGGUAGGCGGCUGUUGUAAUCUGUGCGGUGGAAUGUUGACAAUGAAUUACUAUGAAAGUAAAUUUAACAUGGAGCUUUUCAAGCAAGAUAUGUAUGACACAUAUUCAUCAGCAGAAUACAUAGGAACAAGGGAUAGAAAAAAGAGGGACACUGCAACAAAUGAUGGUGUAGAUUUGUAUAUAUCUAAGGUCACAGGUGACAAAAUACAGAUGGUGUUAACGGAUAAAGUUCCAGGCACAGAUAAUGGAAAAAACGCUUCGGAUAAAGCAAGGAAAAUCAAAGAUGAUCUUGCAAAGAAUAACAGGUAUGGCGUCUACAACAUAUAUUUGCAAGCAACUUCAGCAGCAACAGGCAAACAAAACCAGAAAGGAGACAUGAGUGCUGGUGCAGUAACAGGUGUUGUGAUUGCGGUUAUCAUCAUUCUUGUAAUUGUGAUUAUUCUCAGCUACAUGUUCGUCAAACGCAGGCCCCUAAGUAGGACAUGGUUCAAGAAGGAUGAACCAUUAGAUGCAUCGCUUGAGAUGGCUCCAGGCAUCGCUGUCGUGGACUUGAGUUUUGAUAACCCUAUGUAUGAUAGUCCUACUAAGGAGAAUUUCUACAUGGAUCCUUCCCGUCCUUUUCCAAAUCUAGAUGACGACACUUCAUUCUCCGCCGGAUCUCCAAUCGAUGAUGAUCGCAGCCACAGCAUACUAUCUUUCUCCAACCCAUUACCAGACGACUUGCCGGACCGUACCUUGAAGAAGACCGCCCCGGCUGAAGAAGGUGGCGUCAAGGCCUUCACCAACCCUCUCCCGGAGGACUUGGGAGAUUUGGGUACCCCUACCGUGAUGGACCCCAUUCAAUCCCCUGACACCAAAAAAGGAAUGGAAGAUGAGACCGAUGCGUAGGUUGUGAAAGUGACAAGACAGAAACCUACAUGUAAUCAUCCAGUCUAUAGGGAGAUUUUGCAUCCUUACGAAAACACUAACGAAUACGUCAUUGUCAUUAUUGUCAAUCAUGCCGAAAACAGUCUUGACAAUAUGCUGUAUCAGCUGAAUAUAAUUCUUCAUUCAUGCAAAACGCAUAAAUCACCUACGUUGUGGCACAUAUACUACUGUAGGGUUGUCUAAAAAAUUGGUGACGUAACUGUAUUUGUUAUCAUUUACGUAAGCUUGCGAAAACUCUCUUAACGUUUUAUUUUAACCAAUACAUAGGGCACUUUAUAUAUCAAUUUUAUAUGCAUUUAGUAUACUCAAUAUAAAAUAAAUGUGUCCUUAGAGUAGCAUGCAUGGAAAAUGUUAGUACUCCGAACCACGUGUGGAAUAUGCUUUUGAAUUUUAGAAUGAUUUUAAUAUAAAGCAAUACACAACAUGAGAUAUGUGUCCAUAGGUAGCAUGAUCAGAAUAUUUUAAUACCAAUUUACAUUCCUUGAAUACUGAAUAAUUUUAAUGUGGGUAAUUUUAAAAAUAUCUUAGAUUUCAUAAUAUAUUCAAAAUUUCCCAAAAUAUAUAAAAACAUAAAAUUGUGUUUUAACAUCAAUAGCUGUGUCUGUAUUACACAGUAUUUUAGCAGUAUUGUAAAUAAAUACAAUUUUGAUUGUAAAA